AUGAAACGACUGACUACCCUAGCGACCCUGCACUUGGCUGUGCUCAAAGCCACUGCUCAGCGGGUUGAGUUCGCAGAAUACAGCAUUUUUGGAGUUGGCGAAGCACCUGACGAUGGAUACGACACCUUUCUGGCCGCGUCUCAGUCGCCAAUCGUCCAAAACCAAGUCUUCUUCAAUCGCACAGACUUGACCGAUCUGGACCAAAAUUGGACCUGGAAUGUUCAGAUGAGUAACGUCUCCAUGUCAAAUGCAAGUCUCUCAAACUCGGACCCUCCACCAAACGCCCAUGUCGCACUCACCACCUACAACUUCGGCUGGCCAGAGGGCGAUAACAUCAAUAACGCAACUCGGCUCAGCACCCCAUCAGUUCGUGGCGAUCGUGAAGGCAAUCUGCCACCAAACAGCACUGCUUGCAUUUGGCUUCUGUCCGGUGCCAAAUUCCCGCAAAAUGUCUCCGACAAGUGGGACUCCUCUUCCUCCGACUGCACCAGUGCCCUUGGAGAGGACUGUGUCCAGGCGAUUAUGUCCGGAUUAAAGGGUAACGACUGCGACAGCGGCGCUUUCACGAGCAAUCGCACUUUCCGCGAAAGCUGUGCGAGCUCGUUCGGUGUCCUCGGCAGCUGGGGCGUCAAUGCACAGCCCUUCGGCAAUUCUAGGAUCCGAAAUGCAACGGAUGUGCUCGAGAAAGGCGAGGCCCUCGCCUGGCAUCUCAGUAAUCCCUAUCAGGCCGACAACGAUACUAUCUUUGAAGAGGAGAAGUCCAGGUUGCAUGUCAUUGGUCUGAGUGUCUAUUCCCAACUCAACACCGUGAGUUUUAUUCGCCGCGAAUAUGUCCUAUGCAAUCGUGUUAGUGCCAGUGAGUCGAGCGCUACUUUGCAGAGGAGCAACAUGGCUAUUCUGGGCCUCACGACUGUGCUGGCUGCAUUGUAUCUGUCCAUGUAG